GCUUCUUGACGCAGCCACAGAGAGAAAAUGGCCCAGUGCAUACCAGGCUUAAACCAUCCCAAAACCCUCAGCGGCAACGUCUUUUCUUCCAUAUCCUACUGCAAAACAGGGCCAAGAUGGAUUAAGUUCAUAACAAUGUCAAGCCAACAGCACCAAUCUCAGCAAUUAUCUCUUGAUGCCUUAAUCAGCAGUAAUCGCAAAGAAGAGGUUAUCGGCGCCGUUCGCCACUCGCUCUCCAAUUGUCUCUCCGAAACGAACCUUCAUCUCACAGUUCCCGCUCUUAAGUCUAAAACUAGAGGCAAGGUUAGAGAUGUCUAUGAUGGCGGGGAUUAUCUAGUCCUUGUCACAACAGAUCGCCAGAGUGCAUUUGAUAGAGUUCUUGCUUCUAUUCCAUUCAAAGGCCAGGUUCUUAAUGAGACAAGUUUGUGGUGGUUUGAUAAAACUCAGCACAUAGCUCCAAAUGCAGUUGUGUCGGCUCCUGAUAAAAAUGUCACAAUUGCAAAGAAAUGUUCAGUUUUUCCUGUUGAAUUUGUUGUCAGAGGUUAUGUGACUGGAAGUACUGAUACAUCAUUAUGGACUGUCUACAAGAAUGGUGUCCGAAACUACUGUGGCAAUGCCCUCCCAGAUGGCAUGGUAAAAAACCAAAAGCUUCCUGCAAAUAUACUCACACCUACAACCAAGGCUGCCGAUCAUGAUGUCCCCAUAGCUCCUGAUGAGAUAGUUAAACUUGGGUUGAUGACUCAAGCUGACUAUGAUGAAGUGAGUAGGAAAGCAUUAAGCUUAUUUGAAUACGGUCAGCAUGUGGCUUUGGAACAUGGCCUGAUAUUGGUAGACACAAAAUAUGAAUUUGGUAAGGGAUCUGAUGGUACAGUUCUUUUGAUUGACGAGGUCCAUACUCCUGAUUCAAGUAGAUAUUGGAUUGCUAAUUCUUAUGAGGAACGCUUUAGGAACGGCAUUGAACCUGAAAAUGUUGACAAGGAGUUCUUGAGGUUGUGGUUCAGAGAGCACUGUAAUCCAUAUGAGGAUGAGGUUCUUCCUGAUGCUCCCACGGAACUUGUUAGCGAAUUGGCUUGGCGGUACGUUUUCUUGUAUGAGACAAUAACGAACUCAAAAUUUGAGAUACCGUUGAUGGAGGAACCUAUACAUGAUCGAAUCUCCCGGAAUGUUUCCUUGGCACUGGCAUCUCUGCAAUAACUGCGCCAAAGUUUUUGUUGUUGUUUCUAUGUUGAAAUUUUUGUGAGAAGCCAAGCAUGAAAUGAUCUCUUACAGGCGAUGGAUGGACGUGGAGCCUUGAGAUUGCAUCAGGGAUUUUCUAUUUAGUGAAAUAAUGUUCUCGAUUAUGCUGGUGGCUUAAUAAUACUAUUUAUGUACUAGGAAGUCUGCCUGUAUUUGCAGAAUGUGGUGCUAAAUUAUCAACAACUCUUUCUGAAAUUGGGAAAUGACGGUUUCAAAUCAAUUUAAAAUAUCUAUUUGGUCUUCUCUCGAUUUGCAAAUUUAUCGGAGAGAACCACGACCA